UCAGUUAUCACAUCACACAGUAUCAAUGCCCAUUAUCACUCAAUUCCAGUGAACUAGUAAAGAUAAUACUGCGGGUAACUGUUAGUCUUUUACGUCCCUCGCUAAGAGGAUAAACUUGUGUGAAAAGUUAAAAAUGGUUUUUGCUGUGCGGCCGGUGUUUUCUUGGGCUCGUUGUUUGAGGCCUACAGUUACAUUCUCGUACAGACAUGUUGCCGGCACGGCGGUCAAAGAAUUACGCAACUCUGAGCUUGUUAGCUCAUAUAAUAAGGACAUAAAAGCUGGAGGAGUAGUGCCAGUAUUCCGAAGAGCCCUGCUGUUCCCGAACCGGAUCGCUCUACAGGAUGAAGUUGGUGUCUACACAUACGCUGCCCUGCACCACGCUGCCACCUCCUUGAGCAAAGAAAUUGCUGCCCAAUUAUGCGGCGACACGGGGCGGACCAUAGCCUACAUGUGCGGCAACGACGCCGCCCACGUCACCGUGCAGUGGGCCAUAUGGAUGUCGGGGAACAUUGCUGUACCCUUGACCCCGCUGCACCCUGCUGACAUGCUCAAAUACUUCCUCGAAGACAGCGACUCAAAGCUCGUAAUAUGCACUCAAGAGUUCGAAAAACUCCUUCGACCUGUGGCUAUAGACGCGUCCAAACCUCUUUUGAUAUCGACCAGAGACAAGGAGGUAUCCGCGCAGGUCUGCCAAUCUAACGAGACGAAGGAGGCCAGUAGCUUGGAGGAUUUGGGGAGGUCCAAUAUGUGGUAUGGAGGCCAGGACGCACUCAUUAUUUAUACUAGUGGGACGACUAGUAAGCCUAAAGGAGUGAUAUUCACACACACCAUGCUCCAAACGCAGAUAGCAGCCCUACACACGGCCUGGGGCUACUCAGCAGAAGACGUCGUUCUACACACACUGCCUCUGCAUCAUAUACACGGACAACUGAACUCUUUGAACGCGAGUUUAGCCUCCGGAGCAAGAAUCAACAUGCUACCCCGCUUCGCCCCGCACACGGUCUGGGCUCGCCUGCUGGCCAUGAACGACGACGUCAAGCCCACAGUGUUCCACGGCGUCCCUGCCAUGUAUGCGGCACUAGUCGCCGCGCAUACGAAGAUGUUUGGGGAUGGGAAGACCACGGAUUAUGUCAGGGGGACGCUAGAGGGAAGGGUCAGGCUGAUGUGUGCCGGGUCCGCGCCGCUGCCGUCCACGUUGGCUGAGACGUGGUUUGAGAUAACCGGCAUCCGUCUCCUCGAGCGCUACGGCAUGUCAGAAGCCGGCAUGGCGCUGUCUAACCCCUACACGCCUGUGGAGGGCCGCACCGUGUCCAGCGUGGGACACCCCCUGCCCGGCAUAGCCGCCAGGCUGGCGACUGAAGUGGACGGGGAGAUGAAGCCGCUGUUGACGGUUGAGACGCCUAUGUGUGAGACACAGAUCUGCCUGCAAAGAUUAGGCGCAUCGAACGACCCUCCCCUAGAGUCGGACAACUUCGAGUGGAAACCUCCCGUCAUCACGGAACACACUGCCUCCACCGACGGCACUCACCAGGGAGAAUUACUGCUGAAAGGACCAGGCAUAUUCUCCCGCUAUCUUAAUAGGCCGCCAUCUUUGAACUCCAAAGACUUCACCCCUGACGGCUGGUUUAGAACCGGCGAUACGGCUGCGUUCGAAGACAAUAAAUUCAAAAUCAUGGGUAGAACGUCCAUGGAUAUAAUUAAGACUGGAGGUUAUAAGGUUUCUGCUCUGCAAGUCGAGUCGGCCAUUUUGGAACACCCAAGUGUGGCUGAUGCGGCGGCGCUGGGUAUCGAAGACCCGGCGUAUGGGGAGAUAGUCUCAGCUGUGGUUCAACUGAAGCCCAAUGAGACGUUGACGUUGGGUGAGUUGAAGAGACAUACGGGGAAGAAGCUAGCGCCAUACCAGUUGCCUAAGACGAUGUUGGUGGUAGAACAGAUGCCCAGGAAUGUGAUGGGCAAGUUGGAUAAGAAGGUGAUCCGGCAAAAGUACGCGGAUAAGUUAGGUUUGAAGAAGGGCAGGUAAGUGAUGUAGGUAAUUGGAUGAUUUUGUAACAGGGUUUUUGGGAUUUUUAAUGAAUAAGUAUGUUUUUUUUACAUAUGACUGAAAGCAUUUAUCUUUUGUGGAGUGAGGUGGUGGAGGUGGAAAAUGUUUGUUUAUUUUUGAAUAUAAUUUCCAAUACUCUAAUAAACUAGUCAGACUGUACAAGUAAUUAUGAUAAAAUAUUGAAUAUUAUGCCGUAGAUGGCGCCACUAUAGUUUACUUGUAUUUUUAUAAAAUGACCAACACACAUGCCAUGCAUAGAAAAUCGUACUUAUAAUGUCUUCUAAUUAUUAGAAGAUCUUUGGGAAAGUACAUUCUAUAGAACUUUUCUUAAAGUACUUAGGUACUUAAUAUUUGUGUUAUGCUCUUCCAUUUAUUAUUUAUAUUAAUGUAAAUAGGUACAUACAAUGAACCAAACCUUAUUUUAACGCACAUUGUGCCGUAACAGUUAAUAUAGUUAUUAUGUUCUCGUUGUUAUACUUAAUACUAAUUUAUAUUUGUUAAUAAAAUACAUAUCAUUCACUUC